AUGGAACCCGACGGCGGCGGCCGAAGCGGCGGCGACGGAAAAUUCUCCCGCGCCGUAUCCACCCGCACCUUGACGGACGUCAUCGACGACGAAGGCGCCGACGGCAGCGCAAAGGAGGAGCUGAGGGGGUGGAAGCAUUUCAAGGAGAAGAUCCGGAGCCACGGCCGCCGCGGCAGCGGCGGCGGCGGCUCCGCCUGGACGUCGAGCGUGGCCGUCCCGGCCUCCGACGUCCCCAUCCAGACGAGCAAGAAGCGCGUGAUGUUCCGCCACGCCUCGGGCCGGGUCAGCGCGGCGCCGGAGUCCGACCCGGGGAUGCAGCCCGACAUCGCCGCCGUGUCGGACUUCCGCUCCUCGAGCCUGCGGCGGAACUCCAGCGGCGGCCGCAGCGAGCGGAGCGCGAGGUUCGACUCGGACCCCUCGCCGCUGCGGCGGCUGCAGGAGGAGGAGGCGGAGGAGGAGCGGGCGGCCGACGCGGCGGAGGAGGGGGCCGGGGGCGGGGAUGAGGGGGCCGGGGCCGGGGGCGGGGCGGGGGCGGGGGAGGAGCAGCCGGUGCAGAAGAUGUCGCUGCUGUCGCUGCUGGCGGAGGAGGACGACGAGUACGGGAUGGACGAGGAGGACGAGGAGGAGGAGGAGGAGGAGGAGGAGGGCGGCAGCGCCAACAUCAGCUGCAGCAUUUGCAUGGUGAGGCAUAAGGGGGCGGCGUUUGAGCCGUGCGGCCAUUCGUUUUGCCGGCUUUGCUCGAGGGAGAUGUGGGUUCAGGGGGGCAAUUGCCCCCUUUGUAAUAACUACGUCUUGGAAAUUCUAGAUAUUUUUUAA